UUCUUCUCCUUUGACUGUCAAUAGGAAAAAAUUAAUUUUCUCUAGCUUUUAAAGAAGCAUUUUCAUAUAAUUUUUCGAACAUUAAAUUCGAGCUAUGGCUAUGCGUGUGCUAAAUGUUUCGCGGAAUUUGCGUUCCCUUUCUAGAGGAGCCGAUAUAUUAAAGCGCUUCAAAGCUUCUAAAGCAGAGGUUAUGAGGAAAACUCUGUUGAAUAUUCCUGCCACUCAAGUGACUACUUUAGAUAACUGCUUGCGUGUUGCUAGUGAAGAUUCAGGCGCUUCUACUGCUACCGUAGGGCUGUGGAUUGAUGCUGGUUCUCGUUCUGAGACGCCCCAAAACAAUGGUGUUGCUCACUUUUUGGAGCAUAUGGCUUUCAAGGGUACUUCCAAAAGGUCCCAGACCGAUUUAGAAUUGGAAGUUGAGAAUAUGGGCGCCCAUUUGAAUGCUUACACUUCGCGGGAACAAACAGUUUUCUAUGCCAAGUGCUUGUCGAAAGACGUAUCAAAAGCUAUUGAAAUUUUGGCUGAUAUUAUACAAAAUUCGAAAUUAGGCGAAUCUGAAAUCGAACGUGAGCGCUCUGUGAUUUUGCGUGAAAUGCAGGAAGUCGAAAGCAAUUUGCAAGAAGUAGUUUUUGACCAUUUGCACGCUACUGCCUAUCAAGGUACUCCCUUGGGUCAAACUAUAUUAGGUCCCACGAAGAACAUCAAGAGUAUUGGCAAGAAUGACUUACAAGCUUACAUUAGCACUCAUUACAAGGCCUCGCGAAUUGUUUUAUCUGGUGCGGGUGGUGUAAAACACAAUGAAUUGGUGACAAUGGCUCAGCAGCAUCUGGGUAAACUGGAAAAUACUUUUGAUGGCAAACCGCCUUCAGUGGCUCCUUGCCGUUUCACUGGCUCGGAAGUACGUGUUCGUGACGAUUCACUUCCUUUGGCUCACAUUGCAAUAGCUGUUGAAGGUUGUGGUUGGACCGAUCAGGACAAUAUUCCUUUGAUGGUUGCGAACACAUUGAUUGGUGCAUGGGAUAGGUCCCAGGGUGGCGGGGUUAAUAACGCCUCCAAUCUUGCUCGUGCUAGUGCAGAAGACAAUUUAUGUCACAGUUUCCAGUCCUUCAAUACUUGCUAUAAGGAUACAGGCUUAUGGGGCAUUUACUACGUUUGUGACCCUCUAGAAUGCGAAAACAUGUUAUUCAACGUUCAGACUGAAUGGAUGCGCCUUUGCACCAUGGUCACCGAAGCUGAAGUUGAACGCGCCAAGAAUUUAUUAAAAACAAAUAUGCUGCUGCAACUAGAUGGCACUACACCCAUCUGUGAAGAUAUAGGUCGACAAAUGCUUUGCUACGGUCGCCGUAUACCUCUACAUGAACUCGAACAGCGUAUCGAAGCUGUUGAUGUUAAAAAUAUUCGCGAUGUCGCAAUGAAAUACAUUUACGAUCGAUGUCCUGCCGUAGCCGCUGUUGGUCCCGUCGAAAAUUUACCAGACUACAACAGAAUUCGUUCAUCCAUGUAUUGGUUGAGGGUUUAAAAUCGAAUAGAGAAAAUAAUGAAAAGCCUGGUCUGAAUCCGAAAUAAAACUAGAAUUUAAAUAAAUAUGAUUUUGCAAAGAAA